AUGACCGGAGGAAAGAACAGCAUCUACGAAAAGAUGAGCGCUACUCACCUUGCCUCCGUAUAUAUCCCAGGACAGCUUCGACGCCUCGACGACCUGCCGCCCGAGCUGAUUGUUAUGAUCGCGAGGAAUACGAAUGACGCCUCCGACAUCUCAUCGCUACGUCGCGUGAACAGGUUCCUGAGCGCGGCCAUCCCCGCAUGGGUUAUCUCCGAGACGACUUUCUACAUAAUGCCUAUGUCUAGUAGCAUCUCGAGGAUGGCACAAGCAGUGCAGAUCCAGAGCACCAACCCUAGUUGCAACCUAGGACGUGUUCCGGCGGUAAUCUUCGAGAACGUAUGGCCGACACCGCCUGCUGAGUUUGGGCUCCAUGGAGAACUCACCCAGCACGAUGACUGGGAGGCCGACAGUGACGAUGAGCUGCCGCCAAAUUCGAACACCUAUCUCCACUUCAUAGAUGGGUGCCAUGAAGAGCGCGACUCUGCCCAGUUACGCGACUCCCUGGCGCACUCACUCGGAAGCUUUCAUGGCGUCAAGGAAAUGAUCCACACCCCUGGUUUCCACAAUUCUCGACCAGCGCAGGAGCGACCCUCCAGUGAGGAGCUCCUAGAGACAGCGCUGCUAUAUAAAGACCACGAUCCGGAGGAUUUUGAGGACGAGAUGUGGACUCGCCGCCGCAUGAUGUUCGAGCCAUAUCAAGGAAUCCUCGAUCAAGCGUGCGCUAAGAUGUUCGAUCGCGCUGUUGAUGCCGUUCUCCGCAACCCGAUGCGGAAAGAUAAACUGAAAGUCUAUAUCGAAACGCAUUCAAUCUGCGCACUGGGGGAUGUCGAUCCAAGCGCGUCACCAAUACCCGCCAGUCAGCUCGGAGAUGUACUUGCGAUAAAGUAUAUUGGUCAUUGGAUGUCAAUACUGGAUGCCAUGGUCUUCGACUUGGAGAUUCUGCACAAUCAGAAGAUCAACACAGCAUCGCACUACGCGGGUAUAACGCAUCUCUCGAUCAGCGGAGAUGGACUGGGCAAUGAGGGUUCGGUACACAUGGGGCUCUUGGGCGGCCCAUCACACUCUCCCGACUGGUCACGCUUGGAGACACUACACUUCGACGAUACUCAGCAGAACGACAACUCCGCCGAUUUCCUUCGCCAGCAGAAGUGUACCCUCGAACUUCACAACGUUUACUGGCUCGGAGACUCGAUCCAACGUUUUUCCAAGGGUUCGUCACUUCGAGAUGUGAAGGCUUCCGGUAUUUUCGCCAUUGAGGAGAUCAAAGAGCAUGCCAGGGGCGUCUGGAUCGUGGCAAGCAAUCACAGGGAAGCCAACGAGAUCGUGGUAAAGAAUGCUGGGUGUUGCAAGCCAGUGGCAUUAGGCCCUGCCGUCCCCUUCGUCUCGCCAAGCGAUGUUCAGCGGUACAUGGUGAAGGGAGGUGUCUUGCCGUUCAGCAAGGCGAAUGUAUGGGCAAAAGACUGGAAGUUGUAG